UCCUCGCCGGCGCUCAGCUCUCGGAUACUCCGGACCAGAACUGGGGAAGAACUUUGUUUUUAUUGAGCCGAGAACAUUUUUGGACAAUGGGUUGAGUCUCACGCACUGGUCCCCAGCUCUUUAGUGUGGGUUUGAUCAGCGCGCUGCCGUCCUCCUCCCGAACCUCCUGGGGUGCCGCCCAGAGCCCCCAGCCCCCGUGCACGAACCUCGAGGGUGACCCGGCGGUAGCGGGCGGUGCCCGCGCCCCGGGAGCGCACGGCAUGCAGGCGCUCAACAUCACCCCUGAGCAGUUCUCGCGGCUGCUGAGGGACCACAACCUGACGCGGGAGCAGUUCAUCGCCUUGUACAGGCUGCGGCCGCUCGUCUACACCCCGGAGCUGCCCGCGCGCGCCAAGCUGGCCUUCGUGCUCACCGGGGUGCUCAUUUUCGUCCUGGCGCUUUUUGGCAACGCGCUGGUGGUCUAUGUGGUGACCCGCAGCAAGGCGAUGCGCACGGUCACCAACAUCUUCAUCUGCUCCUUGGCGCUCAGCGACCUGAUGAUCACCUUCUUCUGCAUCCCGGUCACGGUGCUGCAGAACAUCUCGGACAACUGGCUGGGGGGUGCCUUCAUUUGCAAGAUGGUGCCUUUUGUCCAGUCUACUGCUAUUGUGACCGAAAUUCUCACUAUGACCUGCAUUGCUGUGGAAAGGCACCAGGGACUCGUUCACCCCUUUAAGAUGAAGUGGCAGUACACCAACCAAAGAGCUUUUACAAUGCUAGGUGUGGUCUGGCUGGUGGCAGUCAUCGUAGGUUCACCCAUGUGGCAUGUGCAACGACUUGAGAUCAAGUACGACUUCCUAUAUGAAAAAGAACACAUCUGUUGCUUGGAAGAGUGGGCCAGCCCAGGGCACCAGAAAAUCUACACCACCUUCAUCCUUGUCAUCCUCUUCCUCCUGCCUCUUAUGGUGAUGCUUGUCCUGUAUAGUAAAAUUGGUUAUGAACUUUGGAUCAAGAAAAGAGUGGAAGAUGGUUCAGUGCUUCGAACUAUCCAUGGAAAAGAAAUGUCCAAAAUAGCCAGGAAGAAGAAGCGAGCUGUCAUCAUGAUGGUGACAGUAGUGGCUCUCUUUGCUGUGUGCUGGGCUCCUUUCCACGUUGUUCACAUGAUGAUUGAAUAUAGUAAUUUUGAAAAGGAGUAUGAUGAGGUUACAAUCAAGAUGAUUUUUGCUAUAGUGCAAGUAAUUGGAUUUUCCAACUCCAUCUGUAAUCCAAUUGUCUAUGCAUUUAUGAAUGAAAACUUCAAGAAAAACUUUCUGUCUGCAGUUUGCUAUUGUAUAGUAAAAGAAACCUUGUCACCAGCAAGGAAGCAUGGAAACUCGGGAAUUACAAUGAUGCAGAAGAAAGGAAAGCUAUCCCGAAGAGAGAACACAGUAGAGGAGACAAAAGGAGAAGCAUUCAGUGACGGCAACAUUGAAGUCAAGUUGUGUGAACAGGCAGAGGGGAAAAAGAAAUCUCAAGCGACAUCUGCCCUCUUUAGCUGUGAACUUUCUAAGAAUUCAGCUUUAGGCAACUAGCAUUAAAUGUAACAAUGUCUUCAUAAUUAAUAUGAUUUAUCUUAUAAUCUGAAUGUUAUUUUCAGCAAAGGUCAAAGAGUUUUAAAAUGGCUACAAGAAGGACACAAAUCACGUUUUUCCAAUUUAAAAUGACAUUAUACGUGAACAUAUAAUUUUUAAAAAUUCCUAAACCAUCCCUAUAGGUUAUUAAAAUGGAAUUUUAGAGACUUUGUAUAGAAAUCAAUGUUCUUGGCUAGCAGUUUUCCCUUGUGCAGUGAAUAUAAUGUGAUUUUCUAUGUAUUGCUAAAUUGGAUGAAAAACAUAUUAAAAGUAUGUCUGUUUUCUUGACUAUUAAGUAAAAAGCUGAAUAGUGUGAUAUAAUUCAUACUGCACUGUUGAAAUGAAAUGAUAGAAUCUUUCACAAGUGAAAUCUGUGCCAUAAUCAUGGAAUCGAAGACGAUGGGGCAGCAGCCAAGUGAUGAAUUAGACUUUGAGGUAGAUGCCUAUAUUAGAGCUUCUUACAGCCCUCCAGGUUACCAUUUCUCAGAUGACUUCCAAGUGACUUCAGCUUUUUGUCUCUUUUAACUCCUCAUGUGUUCCUGGGCAAACUGGGGACGUUACAUUUUCUGUUUCACACAGUCACUGUGAGAGCUUAACAAGGUGUGAGCAGAAAUGCACUCUGUGCUCUAUAGCAUCCUCAGGUCUGCAGUGCUUUGCUGGUUCCUCCUGCUGUGAACGUCCUCUUUCCAUUCCUGCUGCCUUCUGAGACUUGCUCUCCAUCCCUAGUCCUGUCCGACUUUCCUGUCAUGCUUAUUUUGCAACUGAUUUCUCUAAUCAAAAGAAAGAGUUAGGGAUUCUCACUUAUCGAUGGACUGUAAUAUAAUUAGAUCAAUCUAACAUCCUCUAUAUUUUAAGACCCUUAUUUUCACUAGUAGGACUGAAUAAUUGUUCAUAUAUAAAUAACUUUUUUAAUGUAGUAAGUAGAUGGAGUAAUCAACAUCAGUCCAUAAAGUUUUCCGGUGCCCAAGGCUGAUCCCUAGAACUGGGUCAGGAAGAAAAAUAUAAAUCCCCAGCCAUAUUCCUUCAACCCUCAUUUUACUCUCUCUUCAGGCUCCUGACACCCAAGUGUCAUGGAUCCAGAGGCCACCAGCACAGCCCUCUACCACCUCCCCUUCAACAUCUGAGAUUUCCAAAGUCCAGCAUAGCCUUAGGGCCAAAACUAUUUUCUGCCUCCGGUUUUGCAGCACUUAUUCUCCUAGUUACAUAAUAGAUAAGAAAAGAAGUCCAUCCAAAGGAUGAUUUGUGAUUUAAGGUUUAAGACUGGAAAACCAAAGAACUCAGGUUGUGAUAACUCUCAAGUUACAGACCUUUAAUUUUGUAUGUCAUUGAAACAUGCAUGGAAAAGACAAAACUGAAACAGUGUGUGGGGUUUUUAAAAAGUGCCAUUAUGACACAGAAAAAUAAACAAAGA